AUGAUGUUAGCCGACGAAGAAUUAAAAAAACUAGAGGAAACUCGUAAAGAACUUUUGGAUAAAGCUAUUGAACUCCGAAAUAAACUGAGUGAAAAUCAAAAGUCUUCUGGAACUAAUAAAAUACCAAUCAAUCGAGAUGAAGUAAUUACAACAAUAGAAGAAUUACUUCCUCGCAAGAGUUUAUCCAAGAAUAAUAAUACAAAAACAUUAGGAGAAUUGUCAAGUACUGUCGCAGGAAUUGUUUAUCAAAAUACCAGUAAAAAAUGGCUAGGAGAUAAUAUUUGGCAAUAUGCAGCCAUGAUAGAGUUAAAAGAUCUUAAAUUCAAACUCAAAGUAACGAUUGAUAAAAAGAGCCCAAAGAAUAAUGAAAUAGUGGAUAUAACAUGUAGUUUUAUAAGAACAGAAAUUUGUUAUCUUCAAGAAGUAUCGCCAUGGGUUUUAGAGUUAGCUAAAAUUAAAAAUUUUUCAUUUCUUAUGUCAGCUUUUAGUGAAUACGGUUGUCAAUGUGCUGUAAGAAAAAAAAUAUUGGAUAAAUUAAAAAAUAAAAAAAUAGUUACUCUGGAAAGCUGUCAAGACGAAAGAGGCGGAAUUAUUGCUUAUAUUCAUUCAUCAAAAAAUGCUGAUAAAUCUUAUGCUAAAUACUUGUGGAGAACACAAUUAAAUCCAAAAACGAUGGCCAUUAAUCACGUUUUUACAAUUGAGGAAGUAGAUGAUGGGUUUCUGAAUGCGAAUCAACAGAUAAUUGAAAAUUUUUGUAAGAAACCACUAAAAAAAGAGGAUUUAGAAGAACUAUGGAAUGAUUUAUGUAUUGCUAUUGACGAAUACAAUCCGUAAUAAUAAUAAUAAUUUAAAUUUGCGAUGUAUUAUUAUGGUAAAAUGUAAAAAAUUCGAUGUUGUUAAGAAGUAUGUUGUAUAUUAA